AUCUUUUAAUAUUAGGACUUCUGACUUUUUGUCUCUAAACAAUGGCUGCGUUUUCUGUUAAUUUUCAGUCCAGUUCUUGUUCCCGUCCAGUCUCAAAGGUAUAAAGAAGCACAUAACUCAAGGGGUGAGCCACACCAUCAACUGGAUCUUGACAUUGUAGCUGCAGAAGUGAAAUGAGUGUAGUUCUUUCAGGAACCCUGUUUAAACCUUUGAUCAGCUGAUAAAUGAACACAAACUAAACCUAAACUAUAAAUCAUUUGAUAAAAAUCUUCAUUUCAUAUUGUUUUGAUGAUAUAACAUUUGAAGGCAUCUAAAGAAGAGAAUGAUCCACUGGUUGACUGGGAAACAGUCCAGCAGUUAAGGACUCAUUAAAAAUAAAGUUUUAUACUGAUCAGCCAGUAUGAAAUACAAUUAUUACAACACAAUAAUCCUCAGAGGAUGUUUCAUUUUCAUUUUUCACCCACCUAAACAUUUUCAGAGAACAGUCACCCUCACCCCAUACCUCGAGGGCCCAGCGAAUCUCUAGCAUCCUGGUACCAGGCACUCCAGGACACCCUCAGAUGUCACUAAGCUCCGGCCACCUGUCUGUCUCUUAUUUCAGCAGUGAGGUCAGUUAGAAACCCUCCCUUCAUUAUCCUUCCUCUCAAAGUUCAUCUCAAGCCCCCAAAAGCUGCCAAUGAUCCACAUCCAAUCCCCAGCCUCCUUUUCUAAAUCAAGGCAUGUGCUCACAGCUGUGGCUCCUAACUUUGUGAGAACAAACAUUUCUCUUGACGUUUCCCAUAACUUUGAGCUAAAGUAUUAACAUCAUGAAAUGAGCUUUUUUGCCUCAGAAAGGGACAUGGAACCUUGUGGGAAAGAGGAGGAUGUCCAAGCAGGUUUAUGUUUAAUAGCAUCAGUUCUAGACGUGCACACCAAUGAGCACACAUUCUCAGACUUCUGUGACAUCCCAAAGGACCGGAUAUAUAAAGCUGGGCUGCCCCUCUGGCUGUUAUUCUUCAUCAUCGUUGGUGAGCGUCUUCCACAGACUCAGUGAAACCAUGUCUUGUAUAGAUGAGCACGGAGGCCAUCAUGAGGGUAAGAAAAAUCCUUAAUUUGGUGACUUUAAGCUACAUUUUCAGUCCUACCAUACUGUGUCCUUCUGCAGAUGAAGAAGAGGAGCAGGGAGAGGAAGGACGCCCCAAAUACAAGCCGAUGGUCACACAACUCAUACCRCCAAAAAUCCCAGAGGGGGAGAGGGUGGAUUUUGAUGACAUCCACAGAAAGAGGAUGGAGAAAGAUCUCCUUGAGCUACAGACUCUGAUUGAUGUCCACUUUGAGCAGAGGAAGAAAGAGGAAGAGGAGCUGAUUGGWCUCAAAGAAAGAAUUGAGAGACGGCGGGCGGAGAGAGCUGAGCAGCAGCGUGUGAGGGCUGAAAAAGAGCGGGACAGACAGACACGAAUUGCAGAGGAGAGACAACGGAAAGAGGAGGAAGAAGCGAAGAAAAGGGCAGACGAUGAGGCCAAGAAGAAGAAGGUGCUCUCCAACAUGGGGGCUCAUUUCGGAGGAUUCCUUGCAAAGGAGGAACAAAGACGAGGCAAAAAACAAACGGCAAGGGAGAUUAAGAAGAAAACUCUGGCAGAGAGACGGAGGCCACUGGYGAUUGAGAACCUGAAGGAAGACGGCCUGAGAGAGAAAGCCAAAGAAAUGUGGCAGUGGAUCUACCAACUAGAAUCAGAGAAGUUCGACCUGACUGAGAAGAUGAAGAAGCAGAAAUACGAGAUUAACGUCCUUCUGAACAGAAUCCAGCAUGCUCAGAAAUUCAAAAAGGGCCAUGGGAAAGGAAAGGUUGGAGGACGCUGGAAGUGAAGCCCUCCACACACAAACUGGAGUUCCACACUGAGAAGACGCCCCACAAGCUGCAGCAGUUCUGUAGUGUUCAGUGCUUGACCCGAGAGAGAUGUGCUGGAUUUCUGUGUGACACUUCAAUUUGCAUUUGUAGUCAUUAAAAUGCAUACAAUAUUAAA